AUGAUAAUAGAUGAAGAUGAUGAAUCUGAUGAUGUAGACCGGGUUCAACAUUUUAGUCACCAUCAUCCUUUGAUACUGUUCGAAAUGAGGACAGAAUAUUUUUUUGAAUCUCCUUCUUGUAAAAUAUGUGGAAAGCUCUGCGUAGAUUCUGCCUGCUGCUGCAAAUGUCAGUUCCAUCUGUGUCUUGAAUGUUCCUUGCUGCCUACAAUACAAUCUGGGGCUUUUGAGAAGAUCCAACAUUUCCUCCAUGAUUAUCCACUCAUACUUUGUGGGAAGGAAGUUGUUGAGGUUCCCUGCAGUGUAUGCGGAACUCCUUGCUUGGGUCCUACAUAUGGUUGCAGCAGAUGCAACUUGUUUUUACCCAAAUCAUGUGCUGAAUUACCACAAAAGAUCAGAAACAUCUCUCACUUGUCUCACUCUCUCACCUUGGCUUCUCAAAAUUCAAAGGAAGGAGGACGAGUAAUUAGUAAAAGAUCAAGAAAGGCAAGGUGCCGCUUAUGUCAUAAGGACUGCUGUGACUUUGCCUUUUGCUGUAACAAAUGCAAUCUCCAACUGGAUGUUGAGUGUGCUUUACUAAAGCCCACAAUAGAAUAUCCUGGUCACAAUCACCGUCUUACUGUUGGGGAGAAAAUACACGACAAACUGGAAUGCAACUUUCGCAAAACUUUUUGCAAAGACUCUCCUGCAUUUCGUUGUCUGGAGUGCAAUUUCAGUCUCCACCUUCUGUGUGGUCCAUUGCCCUGUACCGUUAAACAUAAAUGUCACAUAGAUACCCUUACACUCAAGGAUCAAUAUGUUGAGGAUGAUGAUGACGAUGAUGAUUUUUAUUGCGAUGUUUGUGAGAGACGAAGGGAUCCAAGACUUUGUGUUUACUAUUGUGCAGAAGGUUGCCCGAUGAUUGCUGAAGUAAAGUGUGUAAUUUCUGAGGUUAUGGCAUCACUAAAAGGAAAGCGUGGAGAUGUGGCAUUGAGAAUUGUGGGUAGGUACAUCUCUAGUAAGAUGAUUAGCAAAGAACUGGCAGCAGAAGUGAUAUAAGCCUGCCUAACUCCACCUCAAAAGUUAGCUCACAAGGGGAAGUUUGCAAACCCAUACAUAUAACACCCAAGAAAACCGAUGUGGCACGCAUCAUUCUCGACCACUUUAGACUGAACGUCCUCGUGAAGUAACCGGGUCAUGACUCAUUCGCCUUGAUCUCUCCCGAAGAAUGUCAGGAAACCUUUGUACAUGCUAUCAGGCCUCACUCUGUAUGGGUCAGUGGGCCAUAUACAAAGGUCCCUGACGUUUCUUCGGGAGAGGUCGGGGUGAAUGAGUCAUGACCCCAGUUACUUCAAGAGGACGUUCAGUCUAAAGGAGUGGGUAAUGAUGCGUCCCACAUCGAUUCUGCAAGUAGGUCUUGGGUGUUAUAU